AUGCUUGUCAACCUUGCACAGCUUAAUGGAGUUUCAUAUAGUGUCUUUUCGCCGCCUCCAUAUAUUGUUAUAGAGCUCGUGUCUCUAGACGAGAAGGGUCGUUCCUACGAGUGCACAAGGCAGAUUCAAGGUGUUUGA